AUGGAGACGCCCUAUACCGACCACUUAAGCCUAGAGGACUACGAACAGGUUUACGAACCUGCGGAGGAUUCGUUCCUGCUGCUGGAUGCCCUGGAAAAAGAUCUAGAGUACCUUCAGCAAUUGCAGCCACAUCUUUGUGUGGAAUUGGGCUCGGGUUCGGGAGUUAUUAUCACUGCUCUGGCCAAGAAACUGGCUGGCUCCUCCCUAUGUCUAGCCACUGAUAUUAAUCCCAAAGCCUGCGAUGCCACGCGAAGAACUGCGGUUCGAAAUGGAGCUCGUUUGGAUAGUAUUCGUUGUAAUCUAGUGGAUGCAGUGCGACAUCAAUCCGUGGACGUCCUGCUCUUUAAUCCACCCUAUGUGGUCACCAGCGACGAGGAGCUUCAAACGCAACAGUUCGGUUCCCACAAAGAAUCCUCAACAGAUCGCAAUCUGGUCUUCUCCUGGGCCGGUGGACAGGAUGGGCGACGCGUCACGGACAUUUUACUAAAGCAACUGGAUGACAUUCUCUCUCCUCGGGGUGUUCUGUAUCUACUCCUCCUGCGAGAGAACAAACCCGAGGAGAUUAUCAACUACUUAAAAGGCCUCAAGUUCCGAGCCGUUAAGUUCAUGGAGCGACGCAUUCCCGGCGAGCAUCUGUAUAUACUGAAAGUGACUAGGUCCUCCUCAUGACUUGUGCAAUAAACUCUAUUGGCUCGACUGGAAUAUCUAAAGAGAGUUGUAUUUUAAUUAAAUUCUAACCGUAUACAAGUUAAAGUUUACAUUUUAAACUUCAAUUAAAUAGUAUGCAGAAAAAUGUUAAAGUUGAAUUUAAAUUUAAUUCGUCGCUUAGAUUACGGUAUGUAAACGAUUUUUUAAAAGUUUUUGAAGAUAACAAAUAUAUGUAGAUAUUAGGGUUUCU